UUUACUAUUCCACCAGCCCAACUAUUUUCCUCUUCACUGUGUCAACGCAGACUUCCACAAUGGCUGGGGUGGCAUCUACGUUGGCCAAGAAGAGGGCAUUGGCCGCUGGGUUUGGCACUAAUGCCAACGCGUCAAAGUACCUAAACCAAGACUUCCAAUCUCUAAGGAGCGAGUGUCUGAGAAAAGGUUCAAUAUUUACGGAUUGCACUUUUCCAGCUGCACCAGAGUCGCUCGGUUUCAAAGAGCUUGGCCCGAAUACUUCCAAAACCAGAGGUGUGCAAUGGAAGCGACCUGGGGAACUGGUGUCCAACCCAGAAUUCAUCAUUGGUGGAGCCACGAGAACCGACAUCUGCCAAGGAGGUCUGGGUGACUGCUGGCUCCUGGCAGCCAUUGCCUCUCUAACCCUGAAUGAAGAUGUGAUGGCCCGGGUCGUUCCUGAAGGACAAGGCUUUGGACGUGGAGAGUACGCUGGGAUCUUUCACUUCCAGUUCUGGCAGUUCGGUGAGUGGGUGGACGUGGUGAUUGAUGACCGGCUGCCAACGAAGGAUGGAAAGCUGCUGUUUGUUCACUCAGCCGAGGGCUCUGAGUUCUGGAGCGCCCUGCUGGAGAAGGCCUACGCCAAGGUGAAUGGAUGCUAUGAGGCUCUGUCAGGUGGCUCCACCACUGAGGGCUUUGAGGACUUCACAGGAGGGAUAGCAGAGAACUAUGACCUGAAGAAGGCUCCCUCCGACCUGUUCCAGAUCAUCAGGAAAGCCCUGGCGUCUGGAGCUCUGCUGGGCUGCUCCAUCGAUAUCACCAGUCAAGCAGACUCAGAGGCCGUCACCUAUCAGAAGCUGGUGAAAGGACAUGCCUACUCUCUGACUGGGGCUAUGGAGGUGAACUACCGUGGCCGCAAGGAGAAGCUGGUCAGAGUGCGUAACCCCUGGGGAACAGUGGAGUGGACCGGGGCCUGGAGUGACAACUCGUCGGAGUGGAACAGCGUAGAUUUUUCUGAGCGUGACGUUGUGAAAGCAGACGACGGAGAGUUCUGGAUGUCGUACACAGACUUCAUGAAGAAUUACCAUCGUCUGGAGAUCUGCACUCUGACCCCUGACACCCUGAACUCAGAUGAUAUAAAACAAUGGAGUGUGACCAACUACGACGGGGCCUGGAGGAAAGGGUCGACCGCUGGAGGAUGCAGGAAUAAUCCCCACACGUUCUGGAUGAAUCCCCAGUUCAAGAUCAAUCUGGAGGAAGAGGAUGACGACCCAGGGGAUAAUGAGGUGGGCUGUAGCUUCGUGGUGGGACUCAUCCAGAAGAACAGAAGACGGAUGAGGAAAGUAGGAGAGGACAUGCACACCAUCGGAUUCGCUAUCUAUGAGGUACCACAACAGUUCCACGGCCAGAGGGAGGUCCACCUGGAUAAGAACUAUUUCCUGACCCAUGCCCAGAAGGCCCGCUCUGAGACCUUCAUCAACCUGAGAGAGGUCAGCACCCGCUUCAAACUGCCCCCUGGAGAAUACCUCAUCGUCCCCUCCACCUUCGAGGCUGACCUGAACGCUGACUUCUGCCUUAGAGUGUUCUCAGAGAAACAGGCCCAAUUUCACCACUGUGAAGACCGCGUAGAGGCUAAACUAGACAAUGACACUGUGUCUGAAGCGGAGGUUGAUGCAGGGUUCAGAGGUCUGUUCACAAAGCUAGCUGGAAAAGACAUGGAGAUUUCAGCAGCUGAGCUCCAGUCUAUUCUCAACAAAAUCGUUGCUAAACGAACGGACAUAAAGACGGACGGCUUCAGCCUAGAAACAGCCAGAGUCAUGGUCAACCUCAUGGACGACAACGGUAACGGACAACUGGGGCUGGGAGAAUUUGCGACACUGUGGAAGAAGAUCCAGAAAUACUUGUCCAUUUAUAAGAAAAAUGACAUGGAUAACUCUGGCACCAUGAGUACUCCAGAAAUGAGGAUGGCCUUGAAGGAUGCAGGUUUCAGUCUGAACAACGCCAUCCACCAGAUUCUGGUUGUUCGGUAUGGAGAGGCUGACAUGACCAUCGACUUUGAUAACUUUGUCGCCUGCAUCAUGCGCCUUGAAAUGAUGUUCAAAGUCUUCAUGAAGAUUGACACGGCUAAUACUGGCUCUAUUGAAUUGGAUUUCCAUCAGUGGUUGUCAUUUACCAUGAUCUAGAGCACUGCAGCCAUAAAAAGACGUCUGUAAAUCUCUUAGCUUUAUGUGUCACAACAAAAAAAUUGAAGCCAAACUCUCUGCAAAUCAUGCUAUUAAACCAAAGUGCCUUUUCUAUAGACGUUUCAUUUGAACACACGGUAUUACAUCACAUCCUGUUUUAAAUCUUUAUUUGUUUUAUUAGAUGUAGCCUAGCUGUCUAGGCCUAUUGAAAGUUGUUACAGAUUAUACUUUUGUGAUAAAUGUAUCACGUAUUUCCAAUCCUUUUAUGCAGAUUUGUGUUGCUCAUUUUGUCAUGUUUUGAAAAGAAAAGCCUUUUAUAGGCUAAUUAAACACCAUUAUUAUUA